AUGGCGCAACUCGGCAUUCGAGUCGAGUGGCCAGGAUUAAGCUGGUCUCUCCAGGACUCGCCUGGCGUGGUUCUGGUUGUGAUACUGGGUCCUCUCGCCAAGGUCUCAACUCGAUCUCAUUCGGAUUUCGAUCCCCCCACCAAAAUUCGAUCAAUCAAAACGGGAGCGCGUUCGCCGCGAGACAGCUUCCAGUUGGAUUAUUCAAUCGAUUUCUUCAAGACGUAUAUCGAUACGCAGCGUUUCUACGCCGGCCACAAGUUGGAUUUCAAACAUCAGAGUUGUGCCGGCGGCCCUGGUUCCGGUGGAACGUCUGCCUCCGCCGGAGGACCCGUCGUCGUCGGCGGCAACAACAGCAGCAACAACAACAACAGCAGCAACAACAGCCUCGCAACAGCGGCGGCGCAACAGCAGCUGCAACAGCAACAGCAGCAGGCGCAACAGCAGCAGCAGCAACAGCAAACGAAUAGCAACAACGGCAGCAACAACGGCAGCAACAACUCAGUUCUAGCCCAUCCGCACGCCCACGCCAGCCACGCCCAUAGCAGCCACGCCCACAACAGUCACGCCCACGCUUUAGCGAUAGCCCACGGUCAUCACGGUCUACUGCCGCAACAGCAGCAGCAGCAGCAGGCGCAACAGCAACAGCAGCAGGCGCAACAGUUGCCGCAACAGCUGCCGCAACAGUUGCCGCAACAGCAACAGCAAGCGCAACAGCAGCUGAUCAACAACAACGGAGGCGGAGCCACACCCACGCUGCUCAUCGGCAACGGACCGAGCUCAGCGGGCGGAACUCCGGGAUCCUCGGUCUCCUCCGCCGCAGCAGCAGCAGCGGCACAAGUGGCAGCCGCAGCAGCAGCAGCCGCCGCCGCCUCGGCCGCCUCCUCGGCAGCCGCCUCCUCCUCCUCCGCCGUCUCCGUGUCCUCGCUGCCGCACGUGGCGCCCGGACACAGCCUGGGCCUCAGUCCUCAGUCCUCGGCCGAUUCGCAGCAGUUCAACAUCUUUCCGGCGAUCUUCAGCCGCCAGCUGAACUUCUCAGCGGCCGGCGGCGGACAGGCGGGCAAGGGGCUGAGCAUGGACGAGCUGCGUCCGAAUCUGGUGGGCGGUCUGCUGGGGCUGCAGCAGGGCCUGCUGGAGGAUCAUGCCAGCCAGAUGCAGCAACACGGCGGCGGCGUUGGCGUUGGCGGCGUGGGGCAGGACACCAAGUUCAUGUCCUUUCAGGAUCAGCGGCUAAUGGGCAUUGGCGGGGGAUCGGCGCAUGAGAAUCGGCUGCUCAGCCUGCAGGACACAAGGUCGCCGAUCACCACGCUGGAGAAGUCCUCCUCCUCGUCGCUGAACCACCAGCGCAAGUGCAGCAGCACGCCCGAGGACUUCAGCGCCCUCUACUCGGGUCUGCCCACGCCGGGCAUGGACUCGUCCUCGCACCACCACACGCCGGCCCACACGCCGCCCUCGCGCCUCUCGGAUCACACGAUCUCGGCGGAAGGCGCUUUCAAGAAGCUGAAGCCGGAACCCAACAGCGGCGGGCUGUCGACGGUUUCCGCCGGCAUCACAUCGCCCGGAAGUGGAUUAUCAUCGCUCAGCCAGCACGCCGGCCACACCCCAACCACAGCGUCCUGCCCCACGCCCGCCCGCCGGAGACACCGCACCACAUUCACACAGGAACAAUUAGCGGAACUGGAGGCAGCGUUCGCCAAAUCGCAUUAUCCGGAUAUUUACUGCCGCGAAGAGCUGGCGCGAACAACAAAGCUGAACGAGGCGCGGAUUCAAGUCUGGUUUCAGAACCGACGCGCCAAGUAUCGCAAGCAGGAAAAGCAGCUGCAGAAGGCGCUGGCACCGUCUGUGAUCCCAUCCUGCAACGGGAUGAUGAGGAACAUCCAGGGCUACAGCGUCUCGCGGGGCUACCAACCGUAUCCGCACCACAACACCAUGAACCGCUAUCCCCAGGACCUGUUCCAAAUGGGCGCCUCCUCCUAUCCGGGCAUGACGCAACCGUUCUCCAUGGCGCACAGCACGAACAUGGGAUCCGUUGGGGUGCGUCAGGAUUCGAUGGGUGAGUUUGCAGGAAUGUCCCCGGAGGACGAGUGGUACAACAAGAGUCUGUCCGCCCUGCGGAUGAACUCGUCGCAUCAUCCCAACCUGUCAGCCCCAAUGCUGCAAUACCAGACAUAAUCAAAAACCUUUGACGACUUCUUUUAAAAGAUCGCACCUUAAUUGGCAUUUAAGGUGCGGUGUUUUAAGGGCGAGUGCGUCAAGCGUCAAGCGUCGAGCGUAACACAUCCUAUAACAUCCACACACAAAUUGAAAUCUCUGUCUAUAUCCUAUGCAUAUAUCGUUGUAUAUAUGUACAUAGUAUAUAUACCAGUCAUUAGUUUCCAGAACCCAGAACCCG